GCAACGCAAAGGUCUAAUUCUAGUAGUUAAAAAAAAAAAAAAGAGAAAUGGAGGCCAGAAAAAAGGGUGAUCAACCCGCCAUUUCACGCUUUGUAAAGCCAUGUUUCUCUCGCUCCAACUCACACCUAACUCAGCUCUCCUCUUCCCUCACUGCGGUUUCAAUCGAUUCUCCUCUUUAACCUUUCCUGGGAUUUGCAAUUGUACCAGCCUUGUCUCUCAGAAUUUGAACAAAGUUUCUUGCUCAAUCGGCGGCGAUAACAAUAUUGUUUGUGGCGCAACGGAUAAUGGCAGCUACUCGUCGAACAAUGAAGGUUCGAGAACGGGAAAGAGUGAGAGUAGCGAAGGAGAAUCACUUUCAUCUAAAGAUGUGUUGAAGAAGUUGAGGAGAUAUGGAAUUUCUGGAGUAUUGUCUUAUGGGCUACUGAAUACAGCUUACUACCUUACAACUUUUCUCUUGGUUUGGUUUUAUGUUGCCCCAGUACCUGGAAGAAUGGGUUAUAUGGCUGCUGUUGAGAGAUUUCUCAAGGUUAUGGCCAUGGUUUGGGCUGGAAGCCAAGUGACUAAGCUUGUUAGAGCUGGAGGGGCCCUUGCACUUGCUCCAUUUGUAGACAGAGCAUUGUCAUGGUUCACUGUCAAAUUUAAGUUUGAAUCCCAGGGAAAGGCUUCCAUGGUGAUUGUAGGAUUUUGUUUUGGGCUGGCUUUCAUGCUGUUUUUGGUUGUGACAGUGCUUUGGGCAUAAAGCUGGCUAUUUUUGGUUCUCACCAGCUUACAUAUCUGGUCAGUCUUAAGUCCUGUUAAAUCUUAGCUGUACAAUUUUGAUUGCAAAUACAGAAGCUUAAUGUGCUUGUAUAGUUGUUAUAUAGUGCCCCAAAAUUUGAGGGGUUAGAAAUGUAAUGUACUCUUAUUGGAGUUAGUAGAACUGCCCAGAAAGUAUGCAGGUAACAAAACUUUGUUUA